AGUUUCAAAAACAGUUGCAAAAAAACAAUAAUGGAUGAGAAAGCAAAACCAAAGACCCAAAAAUUAAACAGUGGGGCUUAAAUUCCACAGGACUAAUUCCUAUCAAACCCACCAAUCUUGCCAAGAAAACCAAAUUCUUUCUCUUCUGAAAAAUCUCUCUCUCUCUCUCUCGCUCUCUAGCAGUUUCAAAUCUCUUUUUCACAUAUACAGAAACUCAUAGAUAUAUACUCUCAGAAAAAUCGAUCACGAAACUCGUGAAGCAGUUCAAAACUCGUUAGCUAAACUGGGACAAGUAGUUUUCUCGUGAUUCCCAACUUUUUAUCUCUGCCCACCACCAGAUCCUCUGCUCUUGAAGUUUCUCUCUCCCUCCCUGCUUCAGGUCUUGUCUUUCUUCCCUGAGGCCCUUUCCUCUUUUCUGAAGGAGUGGUCCCUCUCAAUCUGCUGCUUAAUGCCAAGCAGCUCUUUGAGCUUCUUAUUGUAGUGCAUAUAGAUUCAGAUGACUCUAAAUAAAAUGGGAAGCCCUGGACGCAGUGGAGUUGUUAGAAAACCAAAUGAGAGCAUGAGGCUUAUUGUAACAACUUUUAUUGGAAUUGUUUUUGGCUUCUUAAUAGGAGUAUCAUUUCCGGCAUUUACAUUAACGAAGCUGAAUCUCCCAUCCAACCUUUUUCCUUACGUUGAGGAUAAAAAUUCAGGCCUGUCAACCCAAGCAUUUUUGAAUGCUUGGUCUACUUUGAAGGGUAAUGAAAACAACUCUUCUGAAGCUAAAAACUUGAACAAUACAUCGAAGAUUUGGGUCCCAUCUAAUCCACGAGGUGCAGAAAGAUUACCCCCAGGCAUUGUUGCAGCGAAGUCAGACUUCUAUCUCCGCAGAUUGUGGGGUAUUCCCAAAGAGGACAUAACUGUCAAACAAAAGUAUCUUGUAACGUUCACUGUUGGUUAUAAACAGAAAAAUAAUAUUGAUGCAGCAGUCAAAAAGUUCUCGGAGAACUUUACAAUACUUCUUUUUCAUUAUGAUGGUCGAACAACCGAGUGGGAUGAGUUUGAGUGGUCAAAGCGAGCUAUUCAUGUGAGUGCUCGAAAGCAAACAAAAUGGUGGUAUGCAAAACGAUUUCUGCAUCCGGAUAUUGUGGCUGCAUAUGAUUACAUAUUUGUCUGGGAUGAAGACCUUGGAGUUGAGCAUUUUAACGCCGAAGAAUACAUAAAACUUGUUCGGAAGCAUGGCUUGGAGAUUUCGCAGCCUGGUUUAGAGCCUAACAAAGGGCUGACAUGGCAGAUGACGAAGAGAAGAGGUGAUCGUGAAGUUCACAAAGAAACAGAGGAGAGACCAGGCUGGUGUAGUGACCCACACUUGCCUCCUUGUGCAGCAUUUGUUGAGAUCAUGGCUCCAGUGUUUUCUCGAGAAGCAUGGCGCUGUGUGUGGCAUUUGAUUCAGAAUGACUUGGUCCAUGGAUGGGGUCUGGACUUUGCCCUCCGAAGAUGUGUUGAGCCUGCUCAUGAGAAAAUUGGAGUCGUAGAUGCUCAGUGGAUAGAUCAUCAAACUGUUCCAUCACUCGGGAAUGAGGGCGAAAUAGUGGAAGGGAAGGCACCAUGGCAAGGGGUGAGGGAGAGGUGUAGAAGAGAGUGGAAGAUGUUUCAGGAUCGGGUUGCAAAUGCAGAAAAAGCUUACAACAAAUCAAUUGGAAUCGAUCUGCCAAAGUCUACAGCUAGCUAAGGGGAGAAUGAACAAUGUUGACAGAAGUGGACUUGGGUACAACCAUCACCGUUACGAUGCUUGGGGCUUUAGUGCUAGAUUUGUAUAAUUAAUUAUUCAAUAAUUGUAGAGAUGAUUAUCAAUAAUAACCAUUUUUACAGCCGUAAUCGAAAACAUCUGUUGAAAUUCUUUUAAAGGAUCACAGGUAGUUCCUAGAGCAAAGGAUGCAUAAGCAGAGCAACAACUGAAAUCCAUUUGUUGUUGCAGAUGAGAAUGCAGAGUGGUGUAACAUUUUCGGGUAUAUGAUAUGAUUGGUAAUAUGAUUGUUCCAAAUAGGUUGAAUUAAAAUUGUUGUUGAACUAA